AUGGCUGACUUAGAAACCUCCUCUAACAAUGUUUCAGCUGAUUCUACAGUUUUUGUAGAUCAACAAUCUAGCCAAGGUUCAAAUGUUGAAUUUUCUGAAAACGAGGAAAUGCUUAUUGCUAUGGUUUAUAAUCUCGUUGGGGAGAGGUGGUCAUUGAUUGCUGGAAGAAUUCCUGGAAGAACAGCUGAAGAAAUAGAAAAGUAUUGGAAUUCAAGAUACUCAACAAGUGAAUGA